AUGGCCACUGUUGCCACCAUCCUAUCGAAGGAGCAGCUUCUUUGCCCCAUCUGUUUGGACGUGUUCAACCAGCCUGUCUCAACUCCUUGCGGGCACAAUUUCUGCAGGGACUGCAUUCAGAGAUACUGGCAGAGUGCCAGUCUGCCACAAUGCCCCAUGUGUAAACAGAAGUUGUACAAGAGGCCUGACCUUAAAGUUAACACCUUCAUAUCUGAGGUAGCCUCUCAGUUUAAGAAGUUCUCGGAUGAGAAAUACGACACCAUGGACCAGCCACUAUGCCAUAAAGGUGAAGUGUCAUGUGAUGUGUGCGUUGGAAAAAAGGUGACAGCUUUUAAAUCUUGUCUGGAUUGUCUGGCUUCAUUCUGCAAAACUCAUCUGGAGCCCCAUCUUGUUCUUGCCACGCUCAAGAACCACAGACUGGUUGUCGCCACGAUGAGCAUGCAGGACAGAGUCUGCAAGAAGCAUGAGAGUCUUCUGGAGCUGUUUUGUCACACUGAUCAGAUGUUCGUGUGCCAAGUCUGCAUCCAGAAAGACCACAAGGCCCACCUCACUGUUCACAUAGAGAAUGAAAGCAAUAAAAGGAGAGCUCAGAUUGGAAACUUAAAUGCAGAAGUGCAAGGAAUGAUCCACGACCUUAUGCAGAAAAUCUGUGAGAUCAAACAGCACAUUCAGCUUAGCAAGAGAAACACGGAAAACGAGCUUGAGGAGAGUUUACAGAUCUUCGACAAACUGCUCCAAGUUGUCCAGAGAGGUCAAGCCGAGGCAGCUGAGAUGAUCAAAGCAAGGCAGAGGCAAGUAGAAAGCAGAGACGGUGAGAUUAUAAUGGAGCUGGAGCAAGAGAUCGAUCAGCUGAGGCACAUAAACACUGAACUGGAUCUGCUUUCAAGCACCAGCGAUGAUCUUUACCUUCUUCAGAGAUUUCCAGCUUUUUCCACGACGCCAGCCGUCACUGACUGGUGCCGAACUUGGGGACAAAGUGUAGAAUAUGUGGGAACGAUGAGGAGGGCGGUCAGGAGAGUUGCAUGUCAGGUUGAGGAAAUGGUAAAGGUUGAGGUGAAGAGGCUCUGCGAGUCUGAAUUCAAGCGGGCAAAGUCCUGUGCCGUGGACGUGACUUUGGAUGAUGACACAGCUCAUCCCAAACUGGUGCUGUCUGAAAACAAAAAGCAGGUCCAUCAUGGAGACGUGGCUGCUAGCUGCCUUGACACCCCAAAGAGAUUUUACCCGUGUGUGAGUGUUUUGGCAAAGGAAGGUUUUUCCUUUGGAAGAUUUUACUAUGAAGUCCAGGUGAAAGGGAAGACAGAGUGGGACACUGGAGUAGCACUUGAAUCUGUCAACAGAAAAGGAGGGAAUAUAUUGAACCCUGAGAGAGGCUAUUGGACCCUGGGGAUGAGGAAGGGCAUGAGCUACUGGGCACUCAACAGUACCCCUGUCUGCGUACCACUGGUAGAAAAGCUCCAGAAAGUCGGGGUGUAUGUGGAUGUAGAGGGUGGGCAAGUGUCCUUUUACAACACAGAUACCCAUUCUCAUAUCUACACAUUCAUUGGAUACACUUUCAGUGAAAGACUUUUUCCGUACUUCAACCCACGGAGAAAUCAUGGCGGGGUCAACUCGGCCCCUCUUGUCAUCUUGCAUGUGAACAUCUAA